CGUCAUGUCUCUAAGGACGAUGUGUGUUUGUUACGUCAUGAAAAUACAUUCUUUCCGGUCAGUUUCGGUGGAUGUACACGUUUCAAUAGCAGCGCGAUACAAUUUCUGACAUUAAACUUACCAAUGAAUUUGAAGGAAAAUGUCGUCCAGUUUAACGUUAGAUUUCGAUAACCAUCAACGUUGUUUCACGAUGAACCCGGAAAUGUGCUUCUCCAUCGACCAGGGAGGCGAAUGGGACAUCAGCCUUUUUGAUGAACUUGACUCCCUGGGGGAUGCAGAUGAUUUGCUCAAGGUCCUUGAGAAUGCAGACUAUACAUGCGGAGGUCCAGACCUUGACUUUGAUAUUCCCAUACCUGAAUGGACUGAUAGCUGCCACACAAGCACCACCUGUACAGACGGUGAGGUGAGCGUGCACUCCCUGUCACCUGCUCACACCCUGAGCUCCAUCCCUUCCCCCACAGCUGUGGAGGCGCAGUCCCCAUAUUCCUCACACGAUGAGGCCUUGUCUCCGCAGUCGCAGUCCUCGCCGUUGUCAGUGUGCUCCGAGUCCAGCGGGUUCUCCAAAAUCACUCCGCUGGCAAAGAAAGCACCAAAGAGGACGAGCCAGGCAGCACGAGCCAAAACAGCGCAGCAAAACAACAGGCCCAUUCAGAUGAGCGCCAAAGUUUCCAUCCAGCCCAAACCGGUGAUUGCAGCUGUGCCCUUGGCUCACGCAGCCGCUCCCCUGCAGCCCAAGACAAUCAUCAUCCACCCCCUGCAGACCGCCAUGUUGCCUGUGGUCAAAGCAGCCCCGAUCAGCAUUCAGCCAGCGCCCUCUCCAGGCCAGCCCAUCAUGCUGUCACAACCGAGUCAGUUACUACAAAUCAAAACCCCCCAGGCUGUUACGGGCAGCGUGGUCGCCAUGCCAGCUCUCGGCCAGGACAGACCUGUCGUCGCGCCAUCGGUGGUCACGCUUCGAAGCCCUUCUUCGGAUGACGACUCAAAGUUCUCCCAGAGGCAGCAGCGCAUGAUAAAGAACCGCGAGUCGGCGUCCCUGUCGCGGAAGAAGAAGAAGGAAUAUCUGCUGUCACUGGAAGCGCGCCUGAAAAUGGCUCUCUCUGAGAACGCGGUGCUAAAAAGCGAGAACGGCAGCCUCAAGAGGCAACUGGAAGGCCUGCGGAAUGAGAAUUCCGUGUUGAAGGCAACCGCUCCCAAGAGACGAGCUGUGUGCCUCAUGGUGGUCCUGGUCUUCCUCGUGCUGAAUGUCGGACCAAUUAGUCAACUUCAGAGCAACGGGGGUUCUGGUCUGGAGGUCGUGUCCGUGCAGCACAGCAGACACCUGUUAGGUUUCUCCUCGGAAACAGACAGCAAGGCCGUGGCGGGCCCCGAGCCUGUUGGAAAUGGCGGCGGCAAGAUGGCUGACAGCGCUGAGGACAAGGCCCUGAUGGUGAUGAAGGAGCUGAACUUCCUCAAGCCGCCUCCGCCACCCUGCCUGCCGCCUGUUAAUAGGACCAAGUGUCUUGAGCUGGCCCACGAGUUGAGGUGGUGGGUCCACCGUCACGACUUGCAGCUGACCAAAUCCAAGCGCAUGAGUAACAGCCACCUCAGACCCUCCAGGAGCAUUCUGAAAACUGAACAUAAGGAUGCCGAGAGCUCGCAAAUUGUGACUGUCGCAUACACAGAAACUGCCAAAGAAAAGACUCCUGGCAGUGAGCUCCAAGUGUACUACAGACCCCCUCACACAUACAGCGACUUUUUUGCCGAGAUGAACCGGCGAGGCGACACGUUCUACGUGGUGUCUUUCCGCAGGGAUCAUCUGCUACUUCCGGCCACCAGCCACAACAAAGGAAGUCGCCCUAAGAUGUCUGUGGUGUUGCCUGCCAUGAACCUAAACGACAGCGUCAUCGGCGACAAGGAAUUUGAGGUGAUGAUGCAGAUCGAUUGCGAAGUGACCGACACCAGGAUUCUCCACAUCCGCUCGGCCACCAUCCCGCCAGAGCUGCGGGUCAACCGCACGCAAAACUUGUAUCAGCACUCUCAGGCAGAGGCACAGGCUGCACCUCCCGUCGGUGUGCUCAUGGGGUCGGCCUAGGGCCACCGUCGAUAAUGACCAUCGGGGGAAAAAAACCCAAAACAAAAGGCUUGAAGCCACAUUCUUUAUCAUGGCCUGAAUUCCGGAUGGUAGACUCUUAAGUGGUGGGAGCUAGCUCCUUUAUGUAGCUGCACUGACUUCCCCACAUAACCUCAGACGUCCCACGUACAGGUAAUUGCUUAGCAGCAGGGGGCUGAACAGUGAACCCUGAGUCACCCCGUCACAACACAAAUGCAACAUAGCAGCUCGAGCAGCACAAGUCCACUACUUGUUGCUCCUUAUUUCUGGAUCAAGUAAGCAAAGGAAUACUAUGUGAAACAUUUCAAUUAAAACAUCUUCUUUUAAAAAGGCAAAAAUCAAUCUGCGGAUUUGGGAUUGCUACAUUGACUGUCCUUUUGAAUUUGUCAUUUUUGCUGAAAAUUCAUUUUUCAUGAAUUAUGAAGAAAUAUUCCAGUAGAUUGCACGCAGCUACAGACAGGAUGCUCAGGAAGUCAUGUGUUCUCUGACAUCUGACCACUAUGUGUGUGUACUUGGUGUUCUUUUUUUUUUUUUUUUUUUUAUACUAUUGAUGAAGAAUCUUGUUUGUGUUUGAAAAUAUUUGAACAGAUUUAGAUGCGCGUAUUUAUUUCUAUUGCCGUAACCUUUGACAAAAUUGUACGUUUUCAUCUGUGUGUCUGUAUGGAAAAAGUUCAUUUUUGGGGGAAAAAAAUGUGAAAAUAUAUUGCACCUUUUGUGUCGUGCACUUGCAGCCUUUGAAUUUAAAACAAAGUAUAUCUGGUGGGGUUAUGAAAAACAGUAGUUUCAGUGCAGACCUGGAAUUUUCAGAUCUGACUAAGAAAUGCAAUUAAGUAAUUCAUUGGUUUUUCACAGUCUGCACUAAGUAAGUGCAUCUUUGUUUUGUAACAAGCUUAUUUUAGCCAUGUGUUUAAUUUUUAAACGCUCUCUUGCUGUGUAUUUCUCGCAUGUGCGCGUGUCAGAAAAAUAUUUUGAUUCCCACAGUUUCACAGCAAGCCAGUUGUAAGGACAUGGAUGAUGUGUGUUUUGUGCAUAUGCUAAAAUAAACACUGGAUUUUCUGUAUGCA